GAGACUUGGUCGUGACUGCGGACCUGCGAGGAUGCAGGCGCCGGGUGCGGGCUGUUCCUCCGCCCGGCGUGAUGGAGCGGGCCGGUGAGCGGAACAAAGGCACCGGCCGGGAGGAGCGGAUCUUCGGCUGAAGAGCGCGGCUCGUGCGCCGCGACGGCUGCUUCGGGCGAGGGUGGUGGCUGUGUGGCUCCCGGGGGGGCGCGCUCAUCCGCGGGCAGACGGCGAGCCCUGAGCCCGGCACCUGCGCGCCGCUCCCUCCCCGCUCCGGACUAGCUGGGUCUGCCUGCCCGCCGGCCCGGGGUUUGCGGCCGCCGUGGCCCAAGGUUCAGAGGCGAACCCCUUGCUGGUGCAUAGAGACCCUCCACCCCAGCCCCGACCUUUCGCCGCCAAUCCUGGAAGGGAUUGCGCUCUGUUGGCUGAGCAGGCGUCUUGGGGAGCACUUCUGCAGACCCAGUGCUUCCAUGUGAGCAACUGCGCUCUCUCCCGACCACUCGUCUCUGCUGCCGGAGCUUCUCCACUUGGGGCCAGCAGCGGCGGGGAUCCUCGCCCGCCGCCAGGUGUGUGAGGCUCGCACAGCCCCAGGCUGUCCCGCGCCUCACCGGAGUCUGAGGGGGCGCGGGUCCGGGGCGAGGGCCGGCCGGGUUGUUUGAUGGCUUCACUGAGAAGAGUCAAAGUGCUGCUGGUGUUGAACUUGAUUGCGGUGGCCGGCUUCGUGCUCUUCCUGGCCAAGUGCCGGCCCAUCGCGGUGCGCAGCGGAGACGCCUUCCACGAGAUCCGGCCGCGCGCCGAGGUGGCCAACCUCAGCGCGCACAGCGCCAGCCCCAUCCAGGAUGCAGUGCUGAAGCGCCUCUCGCUGCUGGAGGACAUCGUCUACCGGCAGCUGAAUGGCUUAUCCAAAUCCCUGGGGCUCAUUGAAGGUUACGGUGGGCGGGGCAAAGGGGGCCUUCCUGCUACCCUUUCCCCGGCUGAAGAGGAAAAGGCCAAGGGUCCCCACGAGAAGUACGGCUACAAUUCCUACCUCAGUGAAAAGAUCUCGCUGGACCGUUCCAUCCCGGAUUAUCGUCCCACCAAGUGUAAGGAGCUCAAGUACUCCAAGGAGCUGCCCCAGAUCUCCAUCAUCUUCAUCUUCGUGAACGAGGCUCUGUCGGUGAUCCUGCGCUCGGUGCACAGUGCCGUCAACCACACGCCCACACACCUACUCAAGGAGAUCAUCCUGGUGGACGACAACAGUGACGAAGAGGAGCUGAAGGCCCCGCUGGAGGAGUACGUCCACAAGCGCUACCCCGGGCUGGUGAAGGUGGUGCGUAACCAGAAGAGAGAGGGCCUGAUCCGCGCGCGCAUCGAGGGCUGGAAGGUGGCCACCGGCCAGGUCACCGGCUUCUUUGACGCCCAUGUGGAGUUCACUGCUGGCUGGGCUGAGCCAGUCCUGUCCCGCAUCCAGGAGAACCGGAAGCGAGUGAUCCUCCCCUCCAUCGACAACAUCAAGCAGGACAACUUUGAGGUGCAGCGCUACGAAAACUCCGCCCAUGGCUACAGCUGGGAGCUGUGGUGCAUGUACAUCAGCCCCCCGAAGGACUGGUGGGAUGCCGGGGACCCUUCUCUCCCCAUCAGGACGCCAGCCAUGAUCGGCUGUUCCUUCGUGGUCAACAGGAAGUUCUUUGGGGAAAUCGGUCUUCUGGACCCCGGAAUGGAUGUGUACGGAGGAGAAAACAUCGAGCUGGGAAUCAAGGUGUGGCUCUGUGGGGGCAGCAUGGAGGUCCUGCCUUGCUCCCGGGUGGCGCACAUUGAGCGGAAGAAGAAGCCAUACAACAGCAACAUUGGCUUCUACACCAAGAGGAAUGCUCUCCGGGUGGCUGAGGUCUGGAUGGAUGAUUACAAGUCUCACGUGUACAUAGCAUGGAACCUGCCCCUGGAGAACCCGGGGAUCGACAUCGGCGACGUCUCCGAGAGGAGGGCCCUAAGGAAGAGUCUGAAGUGUAAGAACUUCCAGUGGUACCUGGACCACGUCUACCCGGAAAUGAGGAGAUACAAUAACACUGUGGCCUACGGGGAGCUUCGCAACAACAAGGCCAAGGACGUCUGCCUGGACCAGGGGCCGCUGGAGAACCACACAGCCAUACUGUACCCAUGCCACGGCUGGGGACCACAGCUUGCACGCUACACCAAGGAAGGCUUCCUGCACCUGGGGGCCCUGGGGACCACCACGCUGCUCCCUGACACCCGCUGCCUGGUGGACAACUCCAAGAGCCGGCUGCCCCAGCUCCUGGACUGCGACAAGGUCAAGACCAGCCUCUAUAAGCGCUGGAACUUCAUCCAGGUGAGGGCUCCACCAACAGGACCAUGGUCAGGGCAGUGCAGAGGCUGCAGGCCACAGAGAGAAGUCCAGGUCCCCAGGUCCCCAGCAAAGUGCAUCCCAGAGCCAGGUCUCCCACCCCUGGCCAGGCUUGUGGACACAGGGCAUGUCCCAGGAGGAGUCAGGGGGACUUCUGUGGGCAGAAGCCUGCCUGGUUCCCACGCCAUGCGAGGUUGGGGAUUCUGAUGGACCCAGAGAGGG